AUAAACUAAAUUAAAUCACGCAAUCAGGCAUAAUCAGUUUGCGGAUCCUUUCAAUUAAUUCCAUCAUUUAUCAAUUAUUAAAUCCAAUAACCUCCAAAUUCUAGAGAGAAGUCAAAUUGGUAAAAACUGUUGUCCCUAUGUACUAUUUUCAGUGAAUUGGAAUUGGUAUUCUAAAUUCCCAAGGCAUGGAAGCACGUUUGACAACUUAUCCCAAGUGUUGCACUUUGAAAGUACGACAUUGUAAUUCAGGACGACAAUCAAAAAGUUCAUUCAGGUUACAGAAAAGUCUGAAACUGAUGAGUGUCUAGUCUACUUACAUCCGAGGUAAAACAAUUCUAAGCAUCUUUUAUUUUUUUCCAUUUUUCCGAUCAUUGUUUCCGUGAGAAGAGGUCAAAGGGCAUCUAUCAUCCACCCAAUCCUAGGCUAGCUAGGCUGUCUGUCUCUCUUUUUUCUCUGUGUUUCUCGCGUGCAAGUGUGUCCUGUUAAAUAAGAAAUACUACUAAUUAUCCCCUCCUCAAAUCUUGGUCUUCGUGGAAGCUUGUGCAGGAGUGACCUUCACGAUCUCGCCAUCUCUUUCUCUUAUUUUUGUUCCAUGAUACAUAAUUUCGGAUCACCACAUGACCCUUUCCUCGGGUGUUUCAACUUCCCUCAACAACCCAUCUCUCUUUCUUGCUAUCCAUCCUCUCUUUCUUGGUGUCUUUUCUUGUUUGAAGGAUUAUCCUAUUCCUUUGGUGGGUUUUCUUGAUAUUUGGUUACUGUUUACCUUUCUGGGAUUCUUCGACCCAAUAUACCUCUUUUAAUACUUUUUUUUUUAAUUGGAGGUUCCCUCCAUCUUUUGUUGUUUUCUUCUGAGAUUCUUCCUAGUGCGUUUUUUGGUUUCUCUUUUCUGUUCUUUUGCGUUUUGGGCAACUCUAUUAGUUACUAAAUUAUAUUUUCGGUGAGUGAGUUUGACCUCUUUAUCUUGCAUUAGCUCAUUUUCUGUUGUACUGUUGAUGGGGUGUUGAUGUCUUUGGCGGUUGGUGAGGAUUCAAGUUCUAAAAGGAUGGGGUUUGACAACGACAGAAAUGAUAGUGAAGCUUCUGAGACAAAAACAUCAAAGAUACCUCCAAACGAAGAUAACGUUGAAGAACAUCACCCUGGAAUCAGUAUUAAAGCCAGCGAGAGUUCUCUUUGUCCAACUGAGGAUGAAGAUGAUGACGAAGAGAGGAAGAUUGAGUUGGGCCCUCAGUGCAGCCUUAAAGAACAUUUCGAAAAGGAUAAGGAUGAUGAGAGCUUGAGGAGGUGGAAGGAACAACUUCUUGGGACUGUGGAUUUCGAGUCAGUUGGAGAAAAUCUGGAACCAGAGGUUAAGAUCCUGAGCCUUGCAGUCAAAUCACCUGGUAGACCUGAUAUGGUACUUCCAAUUCCAGAGGACGGAAAGCCCAAAGGUUUGUGGUUUACCUUAAAAGAAGAUAGCAAAUACAGCCUGCAAUUCACGUUCCAAGUGAGCAACAACAUUGUAUCUGGCCUCAAGUAUACUAAUACCGUUUGGAAAACUGGUGUCAAGGUGGAUAGCACGAAAGAGAUGAUUGGAACCUUCAGUCCCCAGGAAGAGCCAUACACAUAUGAAAUGUCUGAAGAGACAACUCCAUCUGGUAUUUUUGCUAGAGGAAAUUAUUCAGCUAGAAGUAAGUUUGCUGACGAUGACAACAAGUGCCACUUGGAGAUUAAUUACACUUUUGACAUCCGCAAAGAAUGGCAAUCAUAGACUACUUACGAGUUUCUCUGUCAUUGCUUUGCUUCGACUCCAUUGUUUGCCAAGUCUCCUUUAGAUGUGACCGUAAUUCAUUUUCUUUGUUCCUAUGUGAGACUGAUCAACUACACAACGAAGAGAGUCAAUCAACAUUUUCUGUUUUUCCCUGAAUCCGAGUUGCAGUUAGACAUUCAUUCUUCAGUAGGAAUCAAUUAAUAAAAAGUUAAGCUGUUGAACUUCGAGGGUUGAUCAGUUGGGAACCGCUAAUCUGCACCUGGCAUUGUAGUAACCACAUUUUUAAUGGACAACGAAAACUUGAAACUUUAAAGAGUUCGUUCAUAAUUGCAUGGUUUGUUUUUUCCUUCACCGUGAAAGUUAAAGUUAGCCAAAGCAUGUCCCUUAAGCCCUACUUUCUUCCAUCUUUUUGUCCCAACCAAACGAACUAGUAUUACUUUGUUUCUUUUUCUUUUCCAAUGGUUUCAUAAAAGCCAUG